GGUUCCGGAAAGUUCGGAGAUACGCGCGAGGGGGGCGUGCGAGAAAUGCGAUUGUCAACCGGUGACUGCAGCAUUGCUUGCUGGUGGCGAUGUGACUGUGGUAACAUCUCUGGCCGUCGCGGUUUACAGCCAAGUGUGGAACAGCCGCUUCGAGAAUCAAUCCUGGUUUAUCAACAAAAUGGAAGAACCUCAGCUUCAGGCGCGGCCAUGGCCACCGCAGAUUUUCUCUCCUCGCCGUACCGGAAGAAGAACAACCACCGCCGAUUCCAAUUCGCCGGAAUUCGAGUUCUGGAUGGUACGAAACCCUAUAUCUCCUCAGCCUAACCUUCUUUCCGCCGAUGAGCUCUUCUCCGGUGGCGUCCUCCUCCCUCUCCACCUCCUCCGCCUCUCCAACACCCCUCCGCCGCCGCACGAAGACGCCGCCGCCGUGCCGGAUCGAUUCUCCGACCUCGAGCCAGAACCGAAUUCCACCGUAGAAUUGCCUGAAGUUGAGGUUUCCGGCGACGUUCCUAAUUCGAUUAAUUCCAAGCGGUGGCGGAGAAUUUUUAAGAAAAAUGCUAAGAAGAGCUCCGAUUCGCUGGCCUGCGGCGGCGCCGUUGCCGGAGAGGAUCGCCGCUCGAAGGACGGUAAGGUUAAGGAGAAGCGGCGGGAGAAGAAGAAUAUUAAUGGAGUCGCCGGCGCGAGUAAUAUGGCGGCUAGCGCCGCCGAGCUGAAUAUAAACAUCUGGCCUUUCUCAAGGAGUAGAUCCGCCGGAAAUGGCGGUACGCGGCCUCGUACGGUGGCUCCGCCGCGGAAAGUGAGCAGCGCGCCGUGUUCCCGGAGCAACUCCUCCGGCGAGUCGAAGUCGCGAAAGUGGGCGGCUAAUAGCCCGAGCCGAGCCGCCGGAGUUCACUUAGGAAGAAGCAGUCCUGUCUGGCAGGUCCGCCGUGGCGGCGGUGGCCGGAGCUCAGAAGCCGCCGUGAAAAACAGCUCCAGAAAAGACGCCGUAGACGGCCGCCGGAAAAAUUCUCCGGCAGCCUCGAAAGCGAAAGCUUUGAGCCUGAAUGUCCCAAUGUGUAUCGGCUACCGGCAGAAUCUGAGAUGUAGAAGUGAAGAGCAGAGUGCCAUUUCCGCGACCGCCGCCGCCUCCGCCCUUGGCGACGGCGGCGGAGGCGUCGCCGGCGAAGGGGUACGCAGAAGUAAUUUAUUUAACAUCAGGAGCUUAUUUACUAGAAAAAGUUUGUUAAUAAACUAAAAGUUAAUUUCAUGGCGUAGAUAAUAUAAAAAUAUACUUAUAUUAAUUUUAAAAUCCAAUAAUAUACUCCGUGUAAAUGUUAAUUUCUAUCAAUACUUAAAUAUCACUUUGUCUGACUUAUUUUUGCCGUUUGUAAUAAUAAUACCUGUAAAUAUAUGAUAAUAAAAAUACUCUUAUUGCAAUAAUUUGGUAGUUAUGACAGACAAUAAUUGGAGUUGACAGCAGGGA